AUGGACUAUUUUGGGGUGGACAAUUCCCACCGACUAGUCCAGAAGAUAGCAUCUCUCUACGCCAACCAACUUCUGAGUGAUAUUACCUUGAUAGUUGAAAGUAAACAUUACUCAGCUCAUCGCCUCAUCCUAUGCGCUUCCAGUGAUGUGUUCCAGGUGAUGUUGAUGGAUCCACGUUGGACUGAAUCGCAUCAGUCAUCUAUUAUCUUGGAAGAAGAUCCAGCCUGUGCUGCUGUAUUCCCUGAAUUUCUCUAUUACCUCUAUUCAGGGCAGGUUGUCCUGCAGCAGAAUUCUGCUCUCCCUCUGCUUGCACUGGCAGACAAGUACAAUGUCAGGGACCUGAGAGAAGUUUGUCUCACCUACAUGACUAAUCACAUAGUCGCAGCUGCAUCCCAUGGCCAGCUUGUUUCCUGGAUCCAAUACGCUUCAUGGUCUGCUCAUCCCAGUUUCUCUGAAGUAUGCCGCAACUUCAUCAAAUGGAACUUCCUGCUCAUUUCUGAAGCAGAUGACUUUGGGAGCAUGGACAAAGACAUGCUAGAAUCAUUUCUCAAGGAUGAUGAACUCAUCAUUCGAAAUGAACUCACCCUUUACCACUGUGUGGUGAGGUGGUUACACCUGCAACGAGGAGGGAGGGAGGAGAGUCUCAAGGACCUGGAUGUGGGACUCAUCAAGAAGGUGAUGAUGUGCAUCCGCUUCCCCAUGAUCAGCCCCAGGCAGUUGGCCGAGAUGCUGCUCUACCCACUUGUCUCUCAGUUCAAGGAGUUCUUUGUUGAACGCCUUGCCGUUGGCAUGGCUUUCCAUUCAGGUCAGCAUGACCGAGUGGAAGAGGUGAAGGCAACGGAAGAGAAUGGAGACACAUUAUUCCGACCUCGCCUGUACACUGAGGAGCGCUGGAGCACUGGGAUCCAGAUUGACGGCCUUGGAAGUCUCCCUUACUAUUACACUCGUACACUGGUCUUUUCCAGUCAAGGAAGCCUGUGUGACUGUGAUGAAGAGUCACAGAUUCAACACGAGUGGACGGUGGACGUCCAUCCAAAGGGAGUCUUGUUCCAACGGUUCCAUCUCAUCGUCUGGCAGGGGACGCUGGAAGUUCCAGAGCACAUCAUUCGUACCAUCCGCCUCUCCAUCACGGGGAAGAACAUUCACAGGGCCAAAGUCAAAGUUGGACUCCUUUUAACGGGAAGUCUAGGAGGUCGGGAACACGUGUGCAAAGUCCUCACCCGCCGUUUCACAUUCAGCGAUGAGGAAAGGGUCCUUCACUUCAAUGACAUCCUCCCGUUCGGUGAACUCUCAUCCUUAUCGAGUCCCUUCCUUGUUGGAUCCCAUCAAGAUUCCUUUGCCUUGCGCAUCGUCAUCACUCCCAUUUCGGAUUCCUGACUUUCUUUCUUCGGUACUCCAUUGUUCUUGGAGUCAGUGCAUUAUGAUCUGUUCUGUGCCCCAAAUUGCGGCCUACCCGGUUACUCAUUUUUGGUCCAAGAGUUUUGUUUCACUUGAAAAAAAGCGUUGUUUCACUUGGAAGGGUUGCCCAUAUUUUCUCUGCACUUGGGAUGUGAUACAAUUCUAGAUAUUUGCAAUUUGGUUCAAAACCACAAUGUAUAUGAGGUAUAUUCACAUUAUUUUCCAUAUUCUGUUUUAUAAACCAGUAGAGAACACAGAUGAGGGGCAGAUGUUUCAUGAAAGCUCUUUGGGAGGUGAUUUUUAUUCUAGGUUUGGCAGUGAUGACCCCUUCUGCUGAUAGCAAUCAGAAUUUUAACAUGGCUUAUCCUUUUUUUUUUUUCAAUUUGCAGGGAUUGGAUCCCCAAGGAACACUAAUCCCUGUUUACAAUGUUUGGUAGAAGAAGGGAAAUUUUUACCAAAAUGCAAAUAGGGCUAUUCUCUGGACCAUGCAAAGAGUAGAUCUGCUUCAUGUUGCUCUGUGAACCUGCUAGGUUGUGUUUUUAAAACAAAAAUUGACAAUGCAGAUGCAAUUGCAAGACAAGUUCCCAGCUAUGGUGGGGCAGUUUUCUUCACUGCAUCACAGAUUUCUCUGUGUCUGUUUUCUUUGUUACAUAAUUCAGGGUUAUGUGCCAUUACGGCUACAUGAUUAUAAGUGAUAUAUCUUGAUUAUGUUCUGCUGUCCCUCUUCCUGAACAAAGAAAGUUUAAGUAUACAUCUUAUCUGGCUUGGGUGAGGAAUAGUUUGUCUUACAACAUACGGUGGAAGAAUGGUGCUGAAUUAUUGAAUACAUGAUCAUAUGGCUUCUUUUUUUUUGUCUAUAUGCAUUUUCGGGGUGAUGAGGAAUUGAGGGAAACGUGCUAUGUAUGUUAUAAGAUUUGAG